AGUUUGUUCGAUUAAGUUGUCUUUGACUCGAUGUUUUUCAUAUCAUCUUUGAGCUAGAUACGUAUAUUAACUAUUCAGAGAAUGAUCAACUUAACAGUCGAUAGUGAACCUCACGAUAAAUUGAUACAAAAUUUAUAAAUUUACCGAAAUGGAAUUGAUAACAUUAGUGAUUUUUUCAAUUAUUAUUGGUGCUUUUGGAGCUAUAUUUCUACUUUACCGACAAAUCACAUUUUGGAAAAAUAAAGGAAUACCUUACGUGCCACCAAUUCCAAUAUUUGGCUGUCUUGCGCCAGUACUUUUUCAACGACAAUCAUUACCAGAUUUAGUUAAUGAAAUUUAUUAUAAGUUUGAAGAUUUUAAAUAUUAUGGAUUAAUGGAUUUCAAUACACCAACAAUAUUAAUUAAAGAUCCGGAAUUGAUCAAAGACAUUUGUGUAAAGAAUUUUGAUUACAAUCCAAAUCAUAAAAGUUUCAUUGAUGAACGAUUAGAUCCUAUUAUGUCAAAAAAUGUAUUUUCUUUACGUGGAGAACGUUGGAGAGAAGUUAGAAGUACUCUUAGUCCAUCAUUUACUGCGAGUAAAAUGAAAUUUAUGUUCCAAUUAGUAUCAAAAUGUUCUGAAGACUUUGUAAAGUAUUUAGUUGAUAAUCCAGAAUUAACUAAAUCAAUGGAUAUGAAGGAUGCAUUUACACGUUAUACUAAUGAUGUAAUAGCGACUGCUGCGUUUGGAAUAAACGUUAAUUCAUUAACGGAUCGGAAUAAUGAGUUUUACCUUCGUGGAAAAGAUGCUACUAAUUUUAAAGGACUUGCCAGAUCAUUAAAAUUUAUUUUCGGAAGGAUAUGUCCUCGUAUUAUGAGAUUACUAGGUUACAAAUUUUUAUCACCGGAGACAAAUAAAUUCUUCAGUGACUUGAUGACAGAAACUGUCCAGAUGAGAAAUGAAAAAGGUAUUGUAAGGCCAGAUAUGAUUCACUUAUUAAUGCAAGCUAAAAAUAAUGAAGCUGGAGUUGACAUAAGCAUUGAUGAUAUUAUUGCCCAAGCUUUUAUCUUUUUUUUGGCUGGAUUUGAAACAUCAUCCACUUACAUGUGUUUUCUUUUUCAUUUAUUGGCUUGUCACCAGGAUAUUCAAGAAAGAUUAAGAAUAGAAAUAAAUUUAGCUAUUUUAAAAAAUGAUGGUAAAAUAAGCUAUGAUAUUCUUUCGGAAAUCAAGUAUAUGGAUAUGGUAAUGAAUGAAGCAUUGAGACUUUACCCACCUGCAACAUUGAUUGAUCGUGUUUGUAUUAAAAAAUUUAAAUUACCUCCUCCAAUGAAAGGUUAUGAAGAAUUAACAGUUGAGCCCGGUAUGAUAAUGUGGAUUCCAAUUUUUGGGCUUCAUCAUGAUGAAAAAUACUUUCCAGAUCCAGAAAAAUUCGAUCCUGAGCGAUUUAGUGAUGAAAACAAAUUAAAUAUUAAUUCUUCCACUUUUAUUCCAUUUGGUCUUGGUCCUAGAAAGUGUAUAGGUGAAAGAUUUGCUCUCAUGGAGACGAAGAUAAUCCUUGCUCAUUUAUUGCAAAAGUUCACCAUCAAGCCGACCGAUAAGACUAAAGAGAAAAUUGAGUUUGACAAGAAGAACUUUAAUAUUCAGUGCAAAGGGGGCACUUGGUUGAAUUUACAACAGAGAAAAGAAGAUUUAAGUGGAUAAAGAUUUUGCCUUUUUUAAUGGAUUAAUUCUGAUUGAUUAAGACCUAAUUAUACAAAUUUUUCUUUGUUAAAUUCGUUUCUUUUUUUAUGUUAUUCAUUUCUAGUAUUUUUUCAUCAUAAUUAUUGUAAUUAGUUACUAUCUAAAAUUUACUGUUUUAGCUUUCAUCAGUUAAUAGCUCUUAGUAUUAUCUUUUGAAAUAAUUGUAAAAACUGUAUUUCGUAAUAAUAACCGAUAAGCUCAACUGAUAAACUAUCUUUUAUUAUAUUUUUUUAUAACUGCAUUAUAUAUUAUUUAUAUUACGUAAAGAUACGAUCAAUCUUAUUUUUAAAAAAAUAAUUUUUACAAAAUUUCUAACUGUAUAUUGAUAAGAUAAGAUUGUAGUUUUUUUUUAUUGGACUUUAUGUUGGGUACUGCGUAAAGAAAUGUGGAAGGUCAAUGAACACCAAGUCUAACUUGAUUCGUUUUAUGUGAUUGAAACGGCUGUUAAGCUGAAGAUUGAAACGGGAUGAACUCAGAAAUAAUAAGGCCAUGAGUGUCGUUAACACAUAAGAUAUAAUUAAAAGAAAUUUUUUUUUGAUAUAUUUUUAUUAAAAUUUUGAAUUAUAAAAAGAUACAAUAUCCAAUAAGUACUACUAUCGAGGGAAAAAUUAGUACAUAUAAUUUUUAUUAAUUUACCAUAUUGUAUAGUUUCUAUGGUGACAUAUUUUUUGUUUUUUUUUCAACAAUACCAAAUAGUAAAUAAUAAACUUAGAAUUUUAGCUCUAUUUGUUU